AUGCGUACGACAAGGUUGCGGACCGAAGAAAGCUCUCCGCACCUUAUAGCCUCUUCCGAUACACGUACAACAAAUCCUGAAGCUACUCCCCAGAAGAGCGAGGGUCAGUUCAAGAGGAAUCCGACAGUCGACUCAUAUCUGGCUCGUCUUGAGCGCAUACUCCCCGAUUUGCGCGCACACCGAAAGUACUGGGGUACGUUCACGCCAUGGGACCCCGACAUGUGCGACGGCGGUUUCGCAAGACUCCGACGGUUGUGCGACCAUCCAGACGUAGAGUGUAUUUACCACUCGUUCAAGGUCAGAGACUGGUUCGACGAGCACAAAUGGAACGCUCACCAUAGAAGAUGCGCGAGCAAGUCCAACGCACAACUGGCGUCUGUGAAGGUUGCGAAUGAUCUGUGGCUUCCGGAGCAAGAGGAGGAAGUGCGUCGGGAGCAAGCCGAAGAUAUGAAAGAGCGUUUAAGGUACCUUCGGAAAGUCGUCUCGAAGGAGACUGAGGGAGAGAAAGCGCGGCGGCGGCACCUUGACGACCUCCGGGAAGCCUCUGAGAAGCUGAAAAGCAUGGAGGACUCAAUUCGGGACCAUCGACUGAGGAUCCAGAGUUGUCUUGCCGGCGCACAAGCUGGGGCGCCGCCAGACCAUCACCGGGAUGAAGAGCUUCGCGCGCUAGAGCUACUUGCCAUGGAGCAAUUCGGAGCGCGAGUCCUUGCCUCGAAGUUCUUCACCGUCCGUUCUCCCAGCCACCCUUCGUCCGACGUCGUCUCUUCGGACACCGCAGGCCCUCAAGCAGCUUCAGGAUCGACUGAAGCACCCUCGACACCUGCCCCUCCUCGUGCCGCCACUCCUUCCAGCCCCACUCCCACCCGGCUUGUGACCCCAACGGCUGCGCCGAACCCGGCUCCCAUGCGCCGUUUCACCCGUCAAACUCGAGAGAACGUGCCGCCCGCCACGAGGGCCGCCCUCGCCACCGCUGCAGCAGCGGCACUAAGCUCGCCGCCGCGAACGCGCGGCAGGAAGCGCGCGGCCCCGGACGACUUGACGCAAAACCCUCCCCCGUCCUGCGCCGAUGAAGGCGGUCUUCGUCGGAGCAAACGGCGGCGAAUCAGCACGAGGAGACCCUAG